GACAUUUUGAAAUAUAUCACUUGCUAGUGUCCCCAUCCCUCUCUGUAUUUCAACCAUUUUUCUCUCUCUCUUUCUUUACAAUCAAGAUAGGAAAACUGAUCCAUAAACCGUGAUCUAAAAUGAAGAGAUCAGUUGCACAACUCGUGAUUCUGUGUCUCAUUGUGUCAUGUACCAGUGGAGAAACCAAAGCUGCUAGAAGCAACUCCGAUGGAUCCGAAGCUUGGGGAUACGUCGAAGUUAGACCAAAAGCACACAUGUUUUGGUGGCAUUACAAAAGUCCGUAUAGAGUUGAAGAUCCUUCUAAGCCAUGGCCUAUUAUCCUCUGGCUCCAAGGUGGACCUGGAGCUUCAGGAGUUGGAAUAGGGAAUUUUCAGGAGGUUGGUCCAUUAAACACAUUUCUCAAGCCCAGAAAUUCUACUUGGUUGAAGAAAGCUGAUCUCUUGUUUGUGGAUAGUCCAGUUGGAGCAGGGUACAGUUUCGUAGAAGAGAAGGAUUUGUAUGUGAAAAGUGAUGAAGAAGCAGCCAAGGACUUGACAACACUGUUGCAACAACUCUUCAACAAAAAUCAGAUUCUGAACCAAAGCCCUCUAUACAUUGUUGCUGAAUCUUAUGGAGGUAAAAUCGCGGUUAAGCUCGGUUUAUCCGUUAUCAACGCGGUUCAAUCUGGCAAACUGAAGCUUCAUCUUGGAGGAGUGGUUUUGGGAGAUAGUUGGAUAUCCCCUGAAGACUUUGUGUUUUCGUGGGGACCUCUUCUCAACUAUGUGUCGAGACUUGAUUAUAACGGGAUGGAUCUCUCUAAUAGCUUAGCUGAGAAGAUUAGAAAACAACUCAAAAAUGGUGAAUACGUUGAAGCCACGGAAACGUGGAUAGAACUCGAAUCCAUUAUUAGCCUCCACUCCAAUUCCGUCGAUUUUUACAAUUUUAUGUUGGAUUCUGGGAUGGACCCUCUCUCGCUUACAACGAGCGAAGAAACAAGAAACGAAAAUAGAAUAUUAAAGAAGUAUUCGAGAUAUUUAAAUGAUUUGAGGAGUACGAAUAACGUUGAUGGAGGAGAUCUUGAUACGUUGAUGAAUGGUGUUAUCAAAAAGAAGCUCAAGAUUAUUCCUAAAGACCUCGUAUGGGGGAACGAUUCGGGUAAUGUGUUUGCAGCGAUGCAAGGUGAUUUUAUGAGACCCACGAUCGAUGGCGUCGAUGAGCUUCUUGCCAAGGGGAUAGAUGUGACCAUCUAUAAUGGACAACUUGAUGUUAUCUGCUCAACAAGUGGAACUGAAGCAUGGGUUCACAAGCUCAAGUAAGACCUAUCCAUUUUACAUCUUAUAAAUUCUAUGGUGACGAAUCUACGAAAAUGAAGUCCAAGUUGUAUGUAAAUGGG